CUUCGGACAAAUAUUAUAGAUCAAGAAAUUGUAUGAGUUGUUACAAUGGCAUUGUCAAGGGAAUUAUUAAAGCGAUUAAAUUCAGAUGAUUAUCCUUUAGCAAAGCGAUUAAAAUUAGCGGAAACUGCAUUUUGUAAAGUUGAUCUACCACUUAUUCGGAAAGAGGACUUUCUUUUGGAGUGGCUAUGUAAAACUUGUGUCACGAAUCAUCAUGCUUGGAAAGCUUUGAAUAAUUGUUUGAAAUUUAAUCAUAUCAAUAUUAGAGCAGAUAUCAAACAAUGUUUAGUUGAAAUGCUUGUACAAACAUUAAAGACUGAUAUGAAAAACAUGUAUGAAGAAGUCCUUGAAUGCUGUAGUUUAAUUUUUGUUAAUAAUAGUAUACGACAAUAUUUUAUAACCAAGCCAAAAAUUGUAGGCUUAUUGAUAAAAGCUGUGUUAAAUAACGUGUUGAAACGUUCUAGCUAUGACAAUAUAAUGCAAAAGAAGAUUAAUCAAUUGUUUGAACCAUGUAAAUUGUCAUCUGUAGAAAAUAAUGCUGUAAUAACUAUUAUCGAAAGUCUGAUGCAAAUGUAUGAACAGCUGGUUACUAUAAGAGAUGAUCUGAGAUUAACUUUUAUACAGGAUAUUUUAUAUCCUAUGUGUAUUUUAGUUAAUCACAUAUAUAGAGAUAAUACAAAUCGACUUAAUAUAGUAGCAUACAAGUGUAUUCAACAAUUGCUGUUAGGAAAAAAUAAAUCUAUACAAAAUAAACAGACUGAAGGAAAUCAAUCAAUGUUUUCAGAUUUAUUUUGCAUAUUAUCUGAAAAUGUAAAGACAUUAAAUCUUCAGAGUAAUCUUUUAACUUACCAGUUUAUUUUUAAUACCAUAAUAGAUACAUAUAAAUCAAAUACUAUUUUGUUGGAUACGUUUUUCAGAAAUCUAAUUAACUCUUCGGGAAAAUAUAAAUGGGAAAUUUUAGAUUCUUUCCUCAAACUACUGAAUGAUAUAACACUCAACUUCGAUAAUAUCAUAGAUGGAAUCACAUUAACCGAAUAUUUUCAGAAUUUUAUAAAUGAGAUUUUGAUGGAUGAUGAUGUAAUAUGUAUGCAUUAUAGAGUACUUACACAACUUUCAUAUAUCAAUCCACUUUUGAUAGAAAAAAAUAUUUCGAAUAUUGUAAAUAAGAUACUUAUGAAAGAACAAACUACUGAUCAUACAAACUUGUUAAUUGCAAUUUUAUAUACCAGCACAAAAUUAAGACGGGAGCAAAAGUUUAUCUCGCAAUUAUUAAUAUCAUUAAAGCAACAUGUUGCAACAAAAAAGAUAUAUAAAGCAAAUACAUCUGCUUUUUUCCCAAAUUGUGCAGAAUUAUUGCAGUCUAAUACUUCAUGUAAGAAUAUAUUGAUAUUAAAGAUAACAGUAGAAUUACUUAUUAUACUUUUUGAAGGUAUGCAGGUUUUUGAAUAUACCAGAAUAUUACCCAUUCAUGAGAAAUUUAUCAAUUGCCUAGAUGAAGUAGGGAAUGCAUUAUCGCUGUUGAUAAAUAAGUCAUUGUGUUUAAGUCAUAAUAAAACUGUUAUCAUAAUAUUAUUAAGUGCAGUGCAAUCAUUGAAUGAAAUACAGAAUAUGUUUACAUAUUAUAUAUUAAAAGAUGCUGUGCCAAAGAAACUACUGUUUCCAAUUCUGAAUGAUCCUUGGCAACAAUUAAUUCAAAGGAUUACCAAUUUUGGAGAAGAUAAUUGCAAGACUAUCAUGAAUAAACUUAUUUUACAUCGACUAAAGCUAAGUAUAUCAAAUAAACCUAUUAAACUUCACAAUUUAAUAGGUGGUCUUGAGUAUUCUUGGAGUAUUAUUUUGAAACAUGACACGGAUAUGUUUUCCUUAUUACAUGACAAAGAAAUAUCAAAAAUAACUUAUUUAUUGUUGACUGAUAUAAAAUCAAAUGAACAGAAUUUUCAAUGGUUUGAUUUAUUAGAUAAAGAAUGUCUUCAAGAAAAUAAACACUUUGUAAUGUGUCUCUUAAGCCAUAUUCUUGUUCAAAUUGGACAAAGCUUUUCAUUAACUAUUACCGAACAUAUUAACGUUAAACUGCUAAUGGAGAAUGGAUGUAACUAUAAAUUAUUAGAAGUUUUACAAAUGCUAAAAAAACAGAUAUCACAGGAACAAUGGAUGCAAAUAGCAAAUACAAUUUCUUUUGAAACUGAAUUAUAUUUAGAAAUAUUUCUUCAUUUACCAACGAUAUAUUUCAGCCCUAAUAUAAGAACAUUAAUAUUUUUGGUUGUGUAUUUUAUUAGUAAAAAAUAUGAAAAAAAUGACAAGGUAUUGGCAUUAUGCAAUAUAAUAUUUUCAGAUUUACUAGAAAAGACCGGAAUCGACCUAUUUCAGUAUAUAGAACCAAAAUUAUUAAUAAACCAAUUACCACAAAACAAAACAUUUUCGAAAGCUUAUGAGCUCUCUUUUCGGAAUGUAAGAACAUAUAGUACUUUAAAGAAACUCAUAAAAAGUUGUAUUCAAUGCAAGGAAGCAAUGUGCAUUAUUUUGGAAUGUAUGGAAGUUGUUAAACCAAAAUUGGAUGUCGAACAAAAAAUUAUUUUUAAAAAGGCAGAAAAAAAAUUAGCCAAAACUAUUUUAAAAUUAUUACCUGAACAUAUAAAUGAUGCUUUUGAUGUAAAAUGUUUAACAGCGGUGUUAAAAGUAACUUUUCAAACUAGAAAAGUUACUGACACUUUAAAAAGAUUAACUGAAGCAACUCUCAAAAAUAUAUUCACGGCAAGGACAAAUUUAAACAAUAUAAAUAAUAAAUUAUUGCAACAAAGUGUGCAAUUGUCUGUCAUUGUUUUACAGCAUCGAAAAAUGUUUGAAAUCCAAGAUAUGAUCAUCAACUUAUGGUUUAUAAUGUUGAAGCAUCCUUGUAAGAAUUUGAUCGAACUCUUAUUAACUUCUACUGAAUUAAAAGAAUUUUACGAAUUCUUAAGAUUAUUGCAUGAUCAAACGAUCAAUAGCUUGUUACAAAAAGAUGAAGCAGUAUGGACAAAUAUGUUUGUCAUUUGGAACAAUAUAAUUAAAAUAGAUAUGAAUGUUAAACGUAAUAAAGUGCGUUUAAGUGUGAUCAACAAUCUGUUGGAAACUGUAUUAACAUUGGAUAUGCCACAUAGAUAUUGGUCAGGACUAUUGAAUUUGUCUCGUGAUAUAAUCAGUACGAAACAUUUACUUAUUCCUGACAUUACGAUCGAUCUUAUUAUACUGAUUAGUUUAAAGUCAUUCGAUGAAGCGAAUAUAUCAUCGUGCGAAGAUGUACUUGCUAUAUGCAGAGCAUUGAUCAAAGUCAAAACAGAUUUGAUAACAGACAGAUUAUCUAAUUUAUUAUUAUUAUACAGACGCACAAUAAAUAUCGUUGUUCAUGCAUCGAGAAAUGUAGCCGAUAAAUUCGACGAGCAUCGAUUUAGAUGUUAUGCGCUCGAUAUCACAAAAUUGACAAACUCGUUCGUAAAAUUGAAGAAAGCUAUGGUCCGAUUAAGUCCUUAUGUUAUCGCUGAUCUCUUGCAAUUAAUUGUGGAAGACGCUAUACCAUCUUAUGUUAAGAUAGCUUUGCACGAAUCUUUGUGUCAAUUAAUUAGCAUCUGUGAUCAGCAUGGACUCGCUUUUUUAUCUCGUACAUUACCAACAUCGUUACAAGAAAUUUUCAAAGUACAGUUAAAUACAUUCAAAAAGUUUUAUAAAUAUUCUGGUAAGAUUUAA